GUAAACGAAUGUUGAACUGAAAUAAAAACUGUCAAUAGAAAAUUAAAUAAAAAAAAUAUCAGUUUGAAUAUUUUUACAUAAAAAUUUUUAGUAAGGCAAUAAUUUAUAACAAAGAACAAAAUAAGUUCAAAAAAUAGUUAUUAGCAGAAAGUGCGCAUCGAAUCCAAAGGGAAUAUUUCACCGAAACUUGUUUGCUUCCAAAUGCGGAGACUAGUCUGGAUACUAGUAGAAGAUACAAACCAGUAGAUCGCCGCAUAGACAGCAACCCACAAAGAGCCACACUUUAACAGACGCAUCGCAAUGCCGCUAUUUACAAAAAAAGGCCCAAAAUUUGGUAAACUAGACUCUGAUCCUGCUGCUAAUGCCUCUUCCGCCGCCGCUGCUAGUAACUCCUACAACGACAACAAUAACACAUCGGCCAACGGCAAAGCCAACACAAUGAAUGGCACCAACGCUACUUCCCGCAUAGACCCAUACAUUCCUAAGCCUCAAUUGAUAUUCCACUGCCAAUUGGCGCACGGCAGUCCAACUGGCCUGAUAACAGGCUUUGCGAGCGUACGAGAACUCUAUAAGAAGAUAGCCGAAUGCUAUGAUAUACCCGUCGAAGAAAUACUCUUCUGCACUUUGAAUUCACACAAAGUGGACAUGACAAAACUGCUGGGCGGCCAAAUCGGUCUAGAUGAUUUUAUAUUCGCGCAUCGAAAAGGACGUCCGAAAGAGAUUGAAAUUAUCAAAUCAGAGGAUGCACUUGGUCUUACUAUAACCGAUAAUGGAGCGGGUUAUGCGUUUAUCAAACGGAUCAAAGAGGGUUCGGUAAUUGAUCGUAUCGAGCAUAUUGGCGUCGGUGAUCAUAUCGAAAAAUUGAAUGACGUAACUAUGGUGGGAAAGCGGCAUUAUGAGGUGGCGCGUCUGCUGAAGGAUAUACCCACUGGUACUACAUUCACAUUGCGGCUAGUAGAGCCGAUGAAGAGCGGCUUUCAAGGCAUUGGACCGCGCACACAAUCGAAGGCGCCAUCUGGUCGUGGCUAUGGUAGUGGCAAAGAAACGUUACGGUUUAAGGCGAACGGCAAUGUUGAAAUCGAGGACAAGUUCGACGAAUCGACACAAUCGGGCAUCGAGGCGAUCAACAAUUUGCUGGAGUCGUUUAUGGGCAUAAACGAUACCGAGUUGGCGACACAAAUAUGGGAUUUAGGUGCAAAUAAAUCCAACUCUAUGGACUUUGCGGAGGCUAUCGACAAUUCCGAUUUGGAGUCUUUCGGUUUUACCGAUGAUUUCAUUAUCGAACUGUGGGGUGCUAUAACGGAUGCUAGACGUCGGAAGACUGCGAAAAACUGAAAAUGUGCCUCCACAAUGAAAAUACGUACUCGACGAUGUUCACUGGACAAAAUGAGAAGAAGAGAGAGGGAGAAAUAGAGAGCGUUUUAUGAGUAUAAGAAAAGAGGAAAAACUGCAAAUUGAAAAUUACUUGCUAGAGUAUUGUUAAUAUGAAAAUUAAGGUAUUUUUUCACUAUUUUGAAAAGACGGGUGGCAUAUCAAUGUAUUUAUGUAUUUCAAAAGUAUGAUAAAUGCGCAUUUUGUUAGUUAUACAAACUAUGUACUACUACUGAUAUUGUUUAAUGAUAAUAAUAAAAAAAUAUGACAUUCGUGAAUUCGAGAAAAUCAAAUUUGUGCGUAAGUUGUUUUUGCCAAUUUAUACAUAUAUACGUAUAAAUAUAUUUAUUUUAUUCAUUUAAUUAUACCAUACAAUUAAAAUAUUUUAGAUUUUAAAGCGCAUAUUUACAAAAAGAAAAGUGAAGAAGCAAUGGAACAUGUAAAAUACAAAUAAAACCACAAAUGCAAUAUUUACAUACGUAACUGUAUAUUAA